AUGCCGCGCGCCGUCAAAGGAAUUCUGAUCGAAUGCGACCCCUCAGUGAAAGCCAUUAUCCUGAAGUACGACGAAGAGCGCCACGACUAUAUAGUUGAGGACUUGGACGAUGAUCGUCAUCUAGUCAUCAAGGAGAGCCAGUUGCAGAACCUGAAGAUGCGGUUGGGAAGGGAACUCGAUGAAAAGGUCAUGCAGCCUGAAGAAGAUGAGUCGGAGUAA